GGCUUCUCAUAUUCAUUUGCAAGAGCUUUCUCUGCCUAUAUUUUUCAGCAAACCAAAACAGCUACAUGAUGUUUGAAUAUGCUGUGCUAUUUUUGUCCCUCAUUGUGCUCGGAAUUUCACUUGCCUUCAACUUCGUUAGUUUAUUGGGGACGAUGUGGAGUAUGAGGGAAUCUAUAAACGAUACAAUCAAUUUCAUGAUCAAAUUACCUAAUUGGUUAAACUACUAUAACAACUUGAAGAACGACACAAACACCCUCCAUAUGAAAACAACAAGAUUAACCCGAAAAGCCCAUGACAUCAGAUCAGAGGCAUCUGCUGCAGAGCAUCAGACCCUUCGCCAAGUGAAGGCAGAAGUACGAAAUUGGUUGGAAAACGUGCAGACUGUGGAUAACCAAGUUAAGGAUAUUCUGGAGCAGGCAGGAAGAGAUAUGAACAUUUUCGUAGAUUUCUUUUAUCGCGCUUGGUUAGGGAUCGUUCAUGUCGACAAGAAACUUCAGCAAGUAGAACAACUCUUGGAUACUGGAACGUCUUUACAGACUGCUCCCUUGAUAUCUAAUGUAAGACUGGAGCUUCCUUAUCUGACUUCCAACCUAAUAGGUAGCGAAGCAUUCGGUAAUAUCAAGAAAGUGUUGGAGUUUAUAAAAUCAGAUCGGAUAUCAUGUAUUGGUGUUCAUGGAGCACAAGGUACCGGCAAAACAGAAAUCGUUAAGCAUAUCUACAACCGAAUAUUAGUAAACACGAAUGUUUAUUAUGUACAAAUUAGGGAGAAUAUCACGAACCAUGAGUUGUCGAGCAUGAUUGCUCUAACACUUGGGUUAGAAUUAGCUGAAGAGGAUGAAGGUAGGCGGCCUGAUUUUUUAUACAGAGCUUUGAGAAGUAAAGGGAAAUUUGUUCUUAUACUAGAUGGUUUAAUAAGAGAUUUCAGAUUAAUUGAAGUAGGUAUCCCUGUGCAUUCAAAUGGGGGAAAAUUGAUUUUCACUACACGUUCACCAAAUGUUUUGCGAAGAAUGCAGUCACAAGAAACAAUCGAGCUGCAGCCGUUGUCAGAAGAUGAAGCACAUGAGCUGUUUCGAAAAGAGGUGCAGGUGAGUGAAUAUGACUCGGAAGAAAUGGAAGGCGUAGCACAUCGUAUCUUACAACAAUGUGGGAAUGUACCUGGCGUAAUUAUUCGUAUAGCAGAUAUGUUGAGAAGGGAACAUGAUAUACAUGUAUGGUGGAACACUUUGAAUGAACUGCAACAACACUUGUAGUUGCUUAAGCCUAAAUACUCUAUUUUUAGAAACUUAUUCCAUCCAAAACUCUGUGUAAUCAGAUGGUUUCUAAAUUUAGAAAUGAUAGAAGGUAGUAUGAAGCUGCUACAGAAUAAAGCAGACUAAUCGACUAGCAAAUGAAUACUUGCAGCUGUAGUGUGUCUGUUUCAGUGUGUUUUCUUUGUUGAUGUUGAGCAGACUAGUAAACAAUAUUUUUACGUAGGGUUGAAAACAUAAUACUAUGAGCUAAAAAAAUCUAUACUGAGCCGAUUCGACUACUA